CGGAAUUCAAAAAGCAAAUGAAGUUCCAAUUGGUCGGUUACAUUUCCGGCUUUUUCGGACUACUUAAAUUUCCCGAGAUAUAUAUAAAACCAAUAUCAUUCAACCCGCCGUACUAAUCAUUCGCGGAGGUUAAUUUGCUCCUCGAGAAUGGCUUCGGCAUUUACCCCACCCGUACCCCCCGGCAUGGAGGUCGAUAGGCCGGAGAUAUCUGCCAAUAAGCAGAGGGCGUGCGUGAAUUGUGCUCGCUCAAAGACGAAAUGUCAUUGGCUAACAGGGUCUGUCUGUGAAAGGUAUAUUCUUGAAAACUGACAAUACCAUACCGAUGGUCUGUAAUUGACAUGAGUCUAGAUGCUCUAAAUCUAAGCUGCACUGCUUUAUUCAAGAGUUAGGUCCCAGAAAACGGCGAGGUAGAUCAAAACGGGUGGGAGAACUUGAGAGAAAAGUAGACAGCAUCAUGACCAUGUUAACCACGGGUCAACAAAUCCCCAAGAUAGGUAAUUUGCCGGCUCCUCAAACCCAACAGCUAGGCCCUCGGAUGUCGUAUGGGGAAGUUGGCAAUUCAUAUACAAUUUCUCCAAACGUCGGCAUACCUUCUGCAUUAUCUUCAGUUCCUAAGCCCCCUGAAGAGUAUAUCGACUUUCCGGCUGGAUUCCGUGUAUCCGUUGUCGAGGCCGAUCAAGUUCUAUUCGAAUAUAGAACCACUAUGCAGCCCAGCUUUCCGUACGUUAAUCUACCCCCCUGGUCGGCCCGUGAGAUGCUCCAGGAUCGGCCCUUGCUACUAAAAGCCAUCAUAUACGUCUGUCGUCCCCAGCCUUGGCCGGUUAAGUGUGAGAUAGAAAAGUGGUUUCGGGAAUAUUUCGCCCUCCACGUGGUAGUGCAGGAGGAAAGAAGCUUAGAGCUACUACAAGCUAUACUUAUUUAUAUUGCUUGGCAAGUUUGGCAUUUCUUCGUACAUGCUCAUGAUUCAAGUCUUAUGCAAUUAGCGAUUGCAAUGGUCGGCGACAUGGGACUUAAUAGACCUCCAGACUCUCAAACGAUGCCUUCGAGAUCUAUCAUAGAAGAAACUACGAUACUAGUUAGAGGGAUGAAUAUCCGAAAGGAGCAUACUCAUGCCGAACGAAGAACUUUACUUGGCGUGUUCUAUAUCUCAUCAGUUAUACGAAGUAUUUUUCGACGUACGGAACCGAUGGAGUUUACGGAAUACGUGGGUCAAUGCUGUAACGAGUUAACCCAAGCCAUGGAUUGCUCUACAGAUCAGCUUGCCGUUACACUUGUGCGCAUGCAGCAUCUAGUACUUCAGGCGACCAAGAUAGUAUCGGAGAAUAGUACUAAUGGGGAGGCGGCAUUAGGAGUAUCGCAUGUCAUGGCGAUGACUAGUAUUCGACGGCAGCUUGAUGAUAUAGUCAAUCGCCUUCCAGAAGACCAGAAGUCCAACUUCCUCGUAUGGCAUCACUAUCACAUGGUCCUCAUCCGGUUGUACGAGCCAGUAAUCGAUAUAAAAUCAUUAGAUACUGCAAAUAAGGCAUUUAUGCGGAGCCAGGCCUUGUGGACUUGUUGUCAAAGCGCAAAGUCGCUUCUUGAGCUGUAUCUCACCAUCCCAGGAGACAUGUUUGCGGCGCUCAGCUUCGUCAUGAUUGCACAUCUCUCCUACUCCAAUAUCGUAUUAACCCACCUCCUCUUCCUAGAAGACCAAGAUUGGGAUGCGCAUACCGCUCGGGAGAGCGUUAACUACCCCGACCUAACGGAGCGGCUCAGCGAUUAUUUCGUGGCGUGCGAGCAGUUACUUGGUCGUAGGUGCAAGAUUAUGGAAGACGGUAAAGGCCUUUUCACUAGGUCCGCGGAAAGAAUGAGAUGGGCGAAGAGUUGGUAUCUUUCUAAGUUGCCUUUUAAUUCUUCUAUGCUAGGCACGAUUUCAACUGCACCUAUGGCAGCCAAUGAAAUGGAAUAUGAAACAUGGCAAAUUCUUUUUGCAUAGCAUAAGGUAUUAAAGUCUGUAAACUAAAUACACCGGCUCUACUUUGUUAGACAUCCCCAGUUUGUCGGAACGGCGACGCCCGAAUAAAUCUACCCCUAUUCAAUAAGGCAUUAAAGUACAACGUUAUUUACCAAAGAGGUACCCAACCAUCUGCUUAUAUUUACACACGUAGAAACCUACGAUACACUCACCUACUCCCUCCCGAUGGGCUAUGUGGGUAAUUACGCAACAAAAAGCAGACAUCGAAACACAUCUGUCAUUAGCCCAUCUAGAUGGCACACCGUCCAGAGAAUAAUAAUCGGAGCAUCAAUGAAGAUGCACCGAUCCAAGCAGAAAUUCGGGUGCUGCUUGUUCAAAUAUUCGAUAAAGUACUCACAGUCGAAAAGAGGGUAAUUAUACG